AUGGAGCACGAAGAAACAGUUGACAUUGUAGCUUCAGGAGCCUCAGAAACUUAUCCAAGUCAAGUUGGAUCACUCAAGAAGGGUGGAUACUGCGUCCUCAGAGGCCAUCCAGUCAAAAUCAUGGAAAUUGCUACAGCCAAAGUUGGGAAGCAUGGCUCAGCCAAAGCCAAAAUUACAGGAAUCGAUGUUUUCACUUCAAAUAAAUAUGAAGAAAUCCACCCAACUUCCCACAACAUUGACGUACCAAAUAUUUCAAGAAUUGACUAUACAUUGGUCGACAUUGCAAGGGAUGGAUUUGUUUCGUUAAUGGAUGAGCAAGGAAACACAAAAGAAGACUUAAAACUUCCAGAAGACGAAGAAGGAGCCAAAAUCCGCGAUUUGUUCGAAAAUGGAGCUACAGUUUCAGUGACUGUUAUGAAAGCUAUGGGUCAAGAGAGAAUUAUGGCUGGUAAAGAAAUCUAA